GCUCGGCUGGGCUCCGAGGUCUGCGGCGGCGGCAGCAGUGGCGACGCGCACAAAAGCGGAUUGUGGCUUCACUGGUGCUCGAGGCGAGCGGCAGCGGGGCACGGGCGGCGGGGCGUGUCGGGAGCCCCCGCGGGCGCGGCGCGGGCGAUGAGCCGGGGCCCGGCAUGGCCUCCGCGCGGCCGCCGGGCAGGGCCUGUGCCUCGGCGUCCGCGCCCGCGGGGCUCCGGCCUGGGCCGGCCGCCUCCCGGGAGCCCGCGGACGGCUGCGAAACGGAGGAGCGCUCGUUGCAGCACAUGCUGCGCGCCAUAGCCGAGGAGCGCGGACGCCUUAGCCUGCGCCGCGAGGUCUGCGGCCUGGGUUGCUUCAAGGAUGACCGCAUCGUCUUCUGGACGUGGAUGUUUUCGACCUACUUCAUGGAGAAACUGGCCCCCAGGCAGGACGACAUGCUGUUCUACGUGCGCAGGAAGCGAGCCUACACAGGCAGUGAGAGCACUGCGGACGGGAGGAAGGCUGAGGCUGAGCCUGAGGUGGAGGUCGAAGUGUACCGGAGAGACUCUAAGAAGCUUCCAGGCCUGGGAGAUCCUGACAUCGACUGGGAGGAGAGUGUCUGCCUGAACCUCAUCCUGCAGAAGCUGGACUACAUGGUGACCUGUGCUGUGUGCACGCGUGCUGACGGGGGUGACAUUCACAUCCAUAGGAAGAAAUCGCAGCAAGUGUUCGCCUCCCCCAGCAAACAUCCCAUGGACAGCAAAGGAGAAGAGUCCAAGAUGAGCUACCCCAACAUCUUCUUCAUGAUUGACAGCUUCGAAGAGGUGUUCAGUGACAUGACAGUGGGAGAAGGAGAGAUGGUCUGCGUUGAGCUGGUGGCCAGCGACAAAACCAACAUGUUCCAGGGUGUCAUCUUUCAGGGUUCCAUCCGCUAUGAGGCACUCAAGAAGGUGUACGACAACCGCGUGAGUGUGGCUGCUCGCAUGGCCCAGAAGAUGUCAUUUGGCUUCUACAAGUACAACAACAUGGAGUUUGUGCGCAUGAAGGGGCCUCAGGGCAAGGGCCACGCAGAGAUGGCAGUCAGCCGAGUGUCCACUGGUGACACAUCCCCCUAUGGGACUGAAGAUUCAAGCCCAGCUUCGCCCAUGCAUGAGCGGGUGACCUCCUUUAGCACCCCGCCCACCCCAGAGCGAAACAACCGGCCUGCCUUCUUCUCCCCAUCCCUCAAGAGGAAGGUGCCACGGAACCGCAUCGCAGAGAUGAAGAAAUCACACUCAGCCAAUGACAGCGAGGAGUUCUUCCGAGAGGAUGACGGAGGAGCCGACCUGCACAACGCCACCAACCUGCGGUCUCGGUCCCUGUCCGGCACAGGACGGUCCUUGGUCGGAUCCUGGCUGAAGCUAAGCAGAGCUGAUGGAAAUUUCCUUCUCUAUGCACACUUGACCUACGUCACUUUGCCGCUGCAUCGGAUCUUAACAGACAUCCUGGAAGUACGGCAGAAACCCAUCUUGAUGACCUAGUGUGUGUGGAGCCUGCACGGAGCCCCGGCCCUGCCUGGCCCUGGGAAUGCUGCCAAGUGCCUACCUGUCACCGCCAACCGGGGUCUUCUGUGACAAGCCAGCACCGGAGCUACAGCCAGGCAGGGCCACUCGACUCCCGGGGCCAGGGCCGACUCCAUGAACACCAGCCCAAACUGAAGUGCCUCGUCCGUCCUCCUCCCUCGCUGGCUCUGCUCCCACCCUGUGCCCGCGCUCAGCCCCCUCUCCUAUCUCUGAGGGCCUUCUGCUCCCAAAGAGGGCCAGAAACACCAAGAGAUCAUAGAGUGUGGGGGCUGCCAGCUUCCAGAAUGUUCUUAGACCUCCCGACCUCGACCCCCAUCCCCCUGCUGGGGCUCUGUGCCAGGCCACUGUCCACGCAUCCUACACAAAGCCAGUUGAAGAUUUUGUAAUGCAGUACUGACGAACUUCAGCUCCAGAGUCAGUCCCAGCCUCGUUCUCCCAUAGUUCUUGUCACAGUGGGUCCCAGCUGGGGGUCAGGGGACAUGAGCUGUUUGUCUGCUGGGAAUACCUCACCCUAUGCCCAGCUCCAGAUUGGGUCUCAACCUCCAGCUGGGCAGACAGGUCCCGAUCCCACAGAAUGACCUUUGCUUCCAUCCAAAGAACACCGCCAACACACACACCUCCGACCCCGAGACAUCCUGCAGCGAUCUCGGCUCUCCGGAGGGACGCAGAAUUCAGUUCUGAAGGAAAGUGGGAGGGUACUUCUGCUGAGGGAUGUCUGAUGGGGACCGGGGUGGAAUCCUUCUGGGAAGGUUGUAGGCAGAACCACCCUGAGCCAGAGCUUAGAGCGAGGCUGGUGCUGUCCCCUUUGCCCCGUGCUUUGAUCAGCAUGCUGGGCUUGUCUUCAGCCUGGCUUCCUAGGCAGAGAGGAGACCAGGCUGCUCAUGAGUCUGCAUUGUCCUCGGUGGGUGCAAGUGGCCAUGUGGGUCAUCAGCCCAAGCCUCACCCUGGCAGUGUGCUCUAGCUGAGGCCUCCUCUACCCAACUGGAAUAAACUGGAAGCUGGGCCUCCUGUUGCUGUUGGGGUUAGUGCCCCAGAUCCAGAGAACUCAGCUGUGGAUGUAGAGUUCAGCCCCUCGGGGCUGGAGAGCAGGCACGGGAGCAUGGCUCCCAUCUGGUUCCAUUCCUUGGUCUCUGGGAGUGGGCACUACUUGGGGUUUUCCCUAGAUUUUGUAUGUUGUUAUUAAAAGCGAGCUAUUGCAUUUCAUUCUGCCUCAGUUUGCCCACCUGUAAAACGGGGCUGAUACCACCUACCUCACUGAAGUCUCCAGGGUUCAAGUGCAUGGCUGGGUCAGUGUUUGCUCACCUGUCAUUCUGCAUGGCUCAGUUGGGUCUUAGCAGUGGCUGUUAGGUGUCGAGGAAGCUUGCCUCUCCUGCCUGCUCUGAAAUAACUCCUUCCAAAGGGACAGAUGAUUAGUGCGUAAGCUUAGACAGGAAUAUUGUGCUGUAACCUGGGUCCCGAUUCUGACCAUCAAAGCAAAUUCACAUCCUGUCUCGGAAUGCCAGAGUACCUCAGGCUUAUGGGUGUGGUCCUUCAGUCUAGGAUAGCCAUUUCUCCUGUAGAAUGCUGUCCCCAUAGUUGUUUCUAGAGAAGUAACAGACCUGCCACUUGAGGAACCUGGCCAUUCUGUGGUCUGAGCACUCUGGAUUUCUAGCUUAAGGGAAAUACAGCCAACUAUGUCUUCUGUGGAAGACUGAGGCUGUCUUAGACUCACUGCAAUUCCAUGGCUUCUCUUCUGGGGAUCCCCUCUACCAGAGCUCAGCCAUACUCUUGGCUGGCCUGAGUACAAGCUCUUCCCGGGCUAUAGACGGUAGAGUGUGCCAUGCAGCCUGUCUCUGCGUGGCACGUGAAGCACACUGAUCUGCUUAGGUACCGUCACCCCCUUUGUAGAGGGGGAAAGCACCCCAGAGACUGGACAGUGGCAGGAGGCAAACUUGGUCCAAGCCCCAGUCUAUGGCUUGAACCAUUCGGUCCCCGCGUACCCAGCCAAACAUUUAUUUGGUCACAAUUCCCCUUUCUCCAGAGGGCACUUUUGAGUUCCAAACAAGUUCAGAGGCCCUGAGAACUGGUUAGAAUUCUGACACCAGAAGGUCAGACAUGGUGGUGGCACAGGCAUGCAAUCCUAGCACUGGAGCUGAGGCAGGAGGAUGGAGUUCCUGGACAGCCUAGGCUACCUAGCAAAACCCUGUCUCAGAGUGACAAAGGACAGCAGAAGUACCCAGAAUCCUCCUGGGGUUGACAGUUUGGCUUCUGGGGCCUUCUUUAAUUUUCUUGGGAACAUGUCUAUCCUUACGCAACACAGAGUGACAAGGAGCUACUGGAAUUCAAAUGCAGCUGUGUUCUGAGGAAACUUAGAUGUCAGUCUUCAAGACACUAAGAAAAGAGUGCUGCUUGCUUUGUGUCCCUGGGAGGCGGCAUUCCAGUUUCUUCAGUGUCUGUCCUGCCUCCUGGGGUCUUGCCGGCACCCCGCCUGCAUACAGGGGGCAGCCCAGGCUCCCCCCCGCCAAAGAUUAUUACAACACAGGCAAAAAAUAAAUAAGCUAGGUGUGGUGGCAGCCUGGUCUACAUUGCAAAGUUUAGGACAGCCAGGGCUACAUAGUGAGACCCUGUCUUAAACAUUUUUUUUUUCAUUAAGACAUCCCAGCCCAUGUAUUUAGUUGGUCCAGUCUAUUUCUACAUAUAUCCAUAUAUUGACAGUGUCAUAAGUGAUUUUAAAUUUCUGGCCAUAACUCUAGAUGAUUUGAGUUUUAGGUCGUUUUUCAUGUUGGCUGUCCUUUCCCACUUUAAAAUCUUUGUGUCUUAACAUCACACAGCUUCCCUGUUUGUUCCCUCACCUCUGUAUCAUUAAAUAGGACUGUCCCUGGACACAGCCACCCUAAAAGAUAAAUAGAACACUCAAAAGGACUUGAAUUCGCAGGCACCAUGGGUUCACACGUGCUUCACAGAAGUUGCUGACCCUGGCACGGCAGGUCCUGCCUCAUGUGGCUGGGCCUGAAGAAGGCCUGGGGGCUGGAGACCACCUAUAAAUAUCUUGAGCUUGAACAAAAGUAGCCUUUUAGGGCAUCUGCAUUAGCCCUUCCAGGGAGGUAGCCAGAGUGCUGCCCUGUCCCUCUUAGGUGAGAAGUGGUGUAUCUAAAAGGUUUUCACUGAAUAAAUACUGACACAAACCUCCAAACCCUUCUCUGAGCCCCUGGGACAGCCACUGGCCACUGUUUGAACACCACACAAGUUAAGUGAUUUGAUGGCUUGUGGCUGGCGUGGAGAUCUGAGCUCUGUGACAGGUAGAGCCCCACAAAUGGCGGAAGCCAUGGAGUUUGGACAGUUUAUCUGAUUCCAAGGUGAUUUCAGGCCAUGAGCUGUCAAUAGGAUUUUUUUUUUUUUUUGGUCUGUUUUUGAGACAGGGUCUUCUGUAGCCCAGGCUGGCUUCAAACUUACUGUACAUCAGAGGGUGAUCUUGAACUAAUGAACCUCCUUCCACCUCCAUGUGCUGGCAUUAACAGGUUUCUACCACCCUGCUGGCUUUCUGCUGUGCUAGGAAUAAAACCCAGGACUUUGUGCUACUGGGCAAGCACUCUUAUCGACUGGGUGCACCCCUCAGCUCUUUCUUACUUUCUUUUGACCUCAGCCCCUUCCUUUGUAGGUCAGGAAACUUAGAUGCAAAAUUAUUGUAUGAGAAUUUACAUAAAUGGUUUUUUUUUGCUGCUUCAAAACUUGUGAUUUCUAUAAAAACCAUUUCAAUGAAGACAUGAGGUAGCACACAUCGAAUGUGCUAAUAUGCAAAUUUUGAGUGGCUUUCCAUGAACACCUGUAUCCAACAGAAAGCCUCUCAAGGCAGGCGCUGUGGUGCCUGUUGACUUUAUGAUUUUGUUUGAGACAUUGCUUCACAUUUUAGAGACAUUUAAAAUGAGUUUUCUUUGAAGUGCCCUGAUCUCUAUGUUUCCUUUAAUAUACAUGUUUCACGUUAAUACAAAUAGCAGACCAAGGGUAUGACCUUGACUUUGAUAUCAUUAUGAAAUGGUACCCACUGGGGCGGAUAGAAGCCGUCUUACACACUGGUCUGUGAAGACCUUGGGAGGGGGAUCAUGACCACCCUAACUACAAGUGUGGGCAUUUCCAAAGCUGAUCACACGAUGCAUUUUGGGCUCAUUUCUGUGCUCCCAUGAAAAUACACCCUGGCAGUGUUUGGACUCUCAAAAGUUUCCUAAGAGAACCCCCUAAAACCAUCACAUUAGCAGGAAGAUGGCUGGGGUAGAUGGAAGUUGGAAACCUAAAUGGGAGUUUAGAAAAGAUCCUGGCAGGCAUCUGACUGUCCUUGUUGCUGAGCAGCUCUGAAAGAGGGGCUGGUGAGCAGGCAGAGUUGGGGUGGGGUGGGGAUGAGGAUGGGGGUGGGAGCAUCUGGCUAGCUCGCUCUAGAGCUUGUAGUCAUCACAUCAUCUUUCAUGCAUAUGGGUUUCUAAAACAUGCCAAAUGAUUACGUCACAAAGAAUAGGGCCUAAUAUACCGUAUACACUGGCGUUAGACCUUCUGUGGAGAUGGAGAGGACACAGUAAAGAAUCAGUCACUACCCUAGAAACACCAGUCCAGGAGGGUUUUUCUGAACUGGCACCUCCAACUACAAGGAGGUGGGAGGAGGCAGUGGCUUGGCAGGUAAACCAUGUCCCCUUGCUAUCCACAUCAACCACUGGGUAGCCCUUUCAAGUGGCCUGAAGCCUCUGUCCUGGAAGCUGGCUACAGUGCUGGCCUUCUGUUUCCCAGCCGCUGUGGGAAGGCAGUUCUGCUCUCAGGUCUUUUAUCCUGAUUCAUUCAUACCUUUCAGGAGUCGCUGUUGGCCUGGAAGACAAUGUUCCCCGGAAAGGAAACCCUUCCAGAACACACGUGGAAGAGAGCAAUGUAAAAUAACUCCUGUAGCUCACUGUACAUACCCAUGUCAGCUGGAGACAUCAGGCUUUGUGCUUGUUAAAGGGACAGAGGGCUGGGAAGAAUGAGGAAGGAAACGCUUGCUUUGGGGAUGGGCCAUAAAGGAAAGGUUCCUGUUCUUAACAGUGUCACCCACUUGCCUCCUACAGCCUCAUGUAAGCCAAUGGGCCACCAAACCUUUUCUCCUCUAUGUGGAUGGCUUUCAUUUUGGAAUCUGACUUUAAUAAAGCAAUUAGGUUGCUCAGUUUGAAAUAACCAUUGUUUCUGGUGAACUUUGAUUAUAUUUUGAAUAAACAAUUUUACUCAAAAAACAAGCCAAGUUCAGAAA